UUCGAGGGAUGCUGGCUAUAUUCUUCCGAUCUCCCAACCCCUGAAACGCCAACCCCGUAGUCUAUGGCGCGAUUAAGGGCUCGCGAUUAAGGACUGGACGAUCGCGGUAGACCGUAGACGACCAUGCGGUAUCGUAGCCCACGUAGUUAGACGGUUUCGACCCUUUCUUUUCAAGUAUUUUCGUUCUCGGGACUCGCUGCCGGACCCCUUAUUUUUCUUUUUAGUUUAGCCUCACCUGCCCCGAAAAAACGAACGAGGUCGACGGUGGAGGAGAUCGCGGCUGCCAUCGUUGCAUCGUUCAAAAGCCGCUAACUUUCCUCCCCGUUUAUCGGGAGGCGAAUUUUCUUCUUCGUUCGGAGGAGGAAAUUAAACAAUGGCCCACUUUCGCGGAUUCUACAUACCAUCUUUCGGUGCAGCGAUGAACGUUGCAUGGGAAACAUUGAAGGCUAAAUGGCCGGAGAACAGUCCUUGUAUGGAACUUAUUCGUGGAAACGGGACGGGUCAACGACCGGUUCCAGGGCAGAACGGUCAAGGAGAGUUCAAAUCGUUCGACGAAGGUCGCGAUAACACGGAAAUGAUGACGAUGAACGGAGAUCAAGGAUAUCGGGACCAGAGCGAUGUAGCCAUAGCGGAGGACUCGUUUAGUUAUCAACGAAACGGGGAUAAAAUUAAAACAGGAAGCGUUAGUAGCGGAGAAUUUAGCGAAUACGACGAGGGUGGCGGGGAAUUCGGUGGAUCGGGAGUAAAAAUUAACGAAUGGCAAGCCGCGUGGAAUGUUACAAACGCUAUACAGGGUAUGUUCAUCGUGUCGUUACCGUUCGCCGUUUUACGGGGCGGUUACUGGGCCAUUGCCGCGAUGAUAGGUAUAGCGCAUAUCUGUUGUUACACCGGUAAAAUACUCGUCGAAUGUUUGUACGAACUCGAUACCGUGACAGGUCAACGCGUUCGAGUAAGAGAUUCCUACGUAGCAAUCGCGAAGGAAUGUUUCGGGCCUACAUGGGGUGUGCGUGCUGUGAACAUAGCGCAGAUCAUCGAAUUAUUAAUGACUUGUAUCUUGUACGUGGUCGUCUGCGGUGACUUGAUGAUCGGUACCUUUCCGGAGGGAGCGAUCGAUACCAGAAGCUGGAUGAUGUUGACCGGAAUAUUUUUACUGCCUCUCGGUUUUCUCAAGUCGUUGCAACACGUCUCGGUGUUGAGCUUCUGGUGUACCAUGUCACAUCUAUUCAUAAACGCCAUCAUCGUUGGUUACUGUGUCUUGGAGAUCGGUGACUGGGGUUGGUCCAAGGUAAAAUGGACGAUAGAUUUUAAGAAUUUCCCGAUUUCCCUCGGUGUGAUCGUGUUCAGUUACACCUCGCAGAUAUUUCUACCCACUUUAGAGGGUAAUCUGAUCGAUCGUUCGAAAUUCGAUUGGAUGCUUAACUGGAGUCACAUCGCGGCUGCCGCCUUCAAGUCCCUCUUCGGUUGGAUCUGUUUCUUAACAUUUCAAAACGACACCCAGCAAGUGAUCACCAAUAAUUUACACUCGGCUGGUUUCAAGGGUCUGGUGAAUUUUUGUUUAGUGGUCAAGGCUGUGCUCUCGUAUCCGUUGCCGUAUUACGCGGCCUGCGAACUCCUUGAGAGAGCGUUUUUCAGGGGUAGACCGAAAACGAUUUUCCCGACGAUAUGGACGGUGGAUCGCGAGCUGAAAGUCUGGGGUCUCGCGUGGAGGGUUGGCGUGAUCGUCUUCACCAUACUUAUGGCUAUAUUCAUUCCUCAUUUCAGUAUCCUGAUGGGUUUCAUAGGCUCCUUCACUGGAACCAUGCUGUCGUUCAUAUGGCCGUGUUAUUUUCACUUGAAAUUAAAAAGAAAUUCGAUGGAAUGGAGCGCGGUGGCUUACGAUUGCUUCGUUAUCUUUCUGGGAGUUCUGUUCGGUGUUAUCGGUGUCUACGAUUCCGGCUCUGCCCUGAUAAACGCCUUCGAGAUCGGUUUACCGUUUUAAACGAUCAAACGCGUACCUUUGCCUCCUUCGAUCUUCGUUUGUCUUCCAUAAUGAUAAUAUCUUGUAGAUAUACACUGCUCAAGGGAACCAUCGAAUUGCAGCUCGCGUCAAUUGACUUACGUUAGAUCAAACGAUUUCAAACAGUGGACUCAUUGAGAUUCUAACGACCUGGCACAACCCCAUCGCGCACCUAUCACUUCCGGAUCACAUGGUACAAAUAUUGUACCGCUUUUAGCGGCUGCACUGCAAUCUAACAUUCCCUUGAGAGAAUUACAAAGAAAAGUCUAUAUUUUUGCUGAUUUCGACAAUUUUUAAAAUCAAUCGUACAAAGUUUACGAUUUUUCGUCUCGUCGCUUAGAGACAUUAUUAUAUACAAGUUUUCGCUCGUUCAAGUAGACACAAAAAGAAGAAUUUUGAGAUUGUACAUUUAUAAUUCAACCAGAACUCACACAUAUCUAGCUAAAUGAUAUAUUUAAGACGAAGAGCGUCGUAGAACGAGCAAAUGUAUCUAUUCUUCAGCAAUCUCGGCUUCGUGUCCUACGUCUUCCAGAUCUUAAUUCUAUUUUUUUUUUCUUCUGACGAUGAUCGUCGACAACAGGGGCUUUUUAGAAAAAGAAAAACAUUUAGAUAUAUUUAGCAAGCAGCAAACAAUAAUAAUAUCUCGCUAGACGGUAAGUGAUCGAUGUCUUCCAAGCAAAUGUUGCGUGUACAAGCGAAACACGGUGAAUAUUGUACGUACAAGUUAACUAAAUACUGUUACACAGGUUUCGGGAUUUUAUAAUCGUCAUUGCGGAUCUUGUAAUUUCUAUUUACACGUUGAAUUACCCGCCCCGCCGAGGAGGCGUUCAGUAAACAAGUUUAGGUAACCGAACGAUCUUUAACAAUGAAGAGUAACAAUUUUUGGCGUAUCGAGGUAUUUGGGACAAUGUCCAUUGGGAGAUGUGAUGUACAUAUUAGUGGAAAGUUUUGGGGAUGGAGGGAUGCAACAGGUGUUGGUGUAAUUAGGAAGAGGCCAAAAUUAUGAAUUCCAAAAAAUGUGGACUCCUUUAGUAUAUUAAGAUUUCAACAUUCUAAAAUUCCAAAAUCCCAAAAUUGUAAUUUUAUGCAACGAGAGAUGUUAAUUACUUCUAUUUGCAACAUUUCCAAAAAUUUAUCACAUCUCCCAGUUGUCCCAAAUAUUUUAGUAAUACCACAACCACUUUUCUUAUGAUUAUUUCAGAAUGAUUAGCUGCCAGCGCGUAAUAAUAUAUAUUUCUAACGUCUCCUCGUCGUGCAAGUGAAUGCAAAUAUGUAACCAGUUAUGUACGAACGAGUACAAUUAAUUAGUUCAUUAUAAUCAAACGUCUUCCGAGGCCUUUAUAGGCCGCAUAGAUCACACACGCUAGUUUAAGCAAUAUGAAUUGUAGUCCAUUGUAGUAGGUUUGACAGAAGUUCAGCGAGAUGUUCUUCAAAUUCGAUUAUUUUUCAUUUCGAUGCCACGUUUUAGUUUAUACAUUACCUUAUUUAAUCUAGUGACUGUUCGAUUAUUAUUGAAAGUAUGGGGUGUGAUUGAAAUGAUGAUAAAGAGUGCGGAAUUCCUUUAUCAAUUGUGUCGGAUUGAAUACGUGGAAUUAUUUACAUAUUAAAGUGUUUUGUGACCAAGAUAAGCGUCAAUUUCGUGUAACUAGAUGAUCGAAAUGUUAGAUUAACUCUUGAACAAUGGAGCUUUGGUCAAUCGUAACCCAAACUUACAAAACAUAUACAAGGAUAUCAAUCUAAAGUUAAAAGAAUAAUUUUUAUGAACUACACAUGGAAAAUAAUAUGAAAUAUAAAAAUUGACUAGCUUUAACGUAUCUUUAAAAAUAAUAUAUUAGUGUCUUUUAACGAUAUUAGCAAUUUUAUAUUUUGCGUUUUAAUAUGAUAUCUAUAAUUUUGUAUUUUAAAAAAACCGAAGAACAUCUCGCAGUUUAUCUAAAAUGUGUUAUUUAAAUGAGAUACGAUAAUAUUUAUGAAACGAGUCUUCCAAUGAUGUCUUCCAGAAUGAUAAUAAUGAUAAUAAUUAAUGUAAUACGAUCUAUUGAUCGAAGGAAAUCUUUGUCAAUGAUAUUAAACGUUAUAUUGAGAGUUGUAGGAGUUAAGCGUUAAUUGUUAAGGCUAUGGUCAAAUUUAACGUAUAAGUCAUUCAUUGAUCAUUUGAACCAGUUUUAUCAUUUUAUUUUUAAAAGAUCGUUUUCUCUCCUUUGACACCAUCAACGUAGACGAACAAUAAAUUAAACAUAAUAUUGCCUUGUUCUCUUUAAAUAAACAAUAUUGUACAUAGUGUCUCUCUCGUGUGAGACGCAUACGAAACAGCUUUCAUCACAAUUGUCGACCAAAGGAAAAGUAGCUACGAUGGUGUGAAUAAAAAAUGCAUUCAUAAAAAUUUAAUUAAAAUCCUGAGAGAGAAUCUUCCCGGUAUUGGACAAAUUUAUUUUAGAGUAUAGAAGGUAAAGUGUUUAAAUAAUAUUAAACUGCAUGGCAGAAGGUACUACUUUGAAAAAGAAUGUUAAUGUAUAAGUGAUUAAAAAUGAAGAAAUCAAAGGCAAAUAAUGAAAUAAUUGCCGUUGAAGAAAUAAAUAGAAUAUGUAUGGUAAUUGAACGCGUUGGAUGGAAUUGAUUCAUCAAUUUAAUUAAACAAGAACAUUGUAUAAAAAUUUGCGAAAUAAUUAAUAGGACAAUUGUUAUAUAAUAA